GAAGAAACACGGAAGCGUAAUGCCCUUUACACAACUAUAAAUUUCGGGUUAAUUUGACGACUAAUAUACGGCCAUUACGGAGACGACUAAGCAAGUAAGCAAUAUUGAGUAUCCUGAUUUUGACUUGCAUCUACGAAUAAUUAAAAUACUCGGUUGUAAGGAUUCAGAAGUGCAUCAAAUUACAACUGAGCUCGAAGAAAACAGCGAUGGCAUUUUCAAGAAAUGAUUCUAAAACUGAUGAUGUCUGUUUUGCGGAAUUUAAGAAUGUUCCUAAAGACCUCACUGGACAAGCUCUAACCCUUCAUAGUCACGCUAAUGGACAAGAAACACGACAAAACACGGAAGAAAUUUCUCAUGCUGAAAUCAUAAGCAGGAAUUGCACGUCACAUAUGAAACACGAAAGAACGGGUAAUGUGGAGAUCAAGGUACAGGGAACUGAAAUUUGCAUCAAUGUUUCAGGAUGUGCUGUGGCUCAACUUGGCUCUGAUACCAAAGCAUUGGAAGUGAAGAGCUGCAAAUUGUGCAGCAAGAAUUGUUACAGCUCGUCGGAUGAAGAAUGCGAGGCAUCGGUCGCGUUGAAGAUUUCAGAGGUGCAAGCAGAUAGCCACGCCCAUGUUAACAUGUUGAUUUAUUCACCAAUGCCAGUUAUUCCAAAACGUGGCUGCGUGAACACUUCUCAGUAUUUCUUAAUUAUAACAAAACUGAAAGAACUACAAGAUACAGGCGACUUUGAUGGACAUGAGAAAAUGGUAGAAAAACAGAUGGCGAAAUUGAAGACGGAUACAGACUCUGACAUGGAAAUGAGUCUACAGAUUGAGCGAGCAAUGGCGCUAUAUUUUCAAAACAACAUAAAAGAUGCCAAGAAAAUUUUAAAAAUUGUGGUAAAGCAAGAGAAACAACUGAAAAACCCAGGCAUUCUAGUAGGGCGAGCCUUAAAUCUUCUGACAGCGGUGUACAAGCGUCAAAAGAAAUUUGGUAACGCGAUGGAAUGUGUGGAAAGAGCGCGCACUUGUCUUGAAGGUCAGGACUCGGCGAAUGAUAAAGCGGAGUUACAUCACAGUUAUGGCGCCUUAAUUACAGCUAUACCAGCUGCGAAGGAACCUGAAACUGCCCACGCCACUAAGAAAGAAGCUUACAAAUCUUAUAAAAUGGCGGGCCACUACACAGAGAAUGAUGAAUUUCAAGAGUAUGUUCACGUCAAAAUGGCGGCUUUGCUGCUGGGAUCUCGCUCCAGCGGAGAAAGAAUCGUAGACAAAGAUGAUGUUAUGAAUGCAAAGAAACACCUUGACUUCGUUGAAUCCAAAUUAACUGACAAUGAAUCGUUAGGAACAAGAAUAACAUUUCUUCUUUUGCGAUCUGAUCAGUACCUUUACGAAGACAACGUUGCCAUGGCAAUGGAGAAAGCUCAAGAGGCGAGCGCCCUUAUCCACCAACAUGGAUUCAAGCUUGAAUUUGCUUCUGCCAAAAGCCGCAUUGACCGCCUGUCUUCGAUGAUACGGCAAGAAAACGAGGAAUGGCGAGAGACGAAGUUCAGCUCCAGCUCGGGUACAAAUGACUAUCUCGCUGAAAGCGGGAGCACGCAUUCCGAUUAGUUUGGCAAAUAAAGAUAUGCUGGAUCAAUCAAUCGAAAUUAUUUCCUUUUACAGAUUAGGCAAAUCAUUGAAACGAAGCUUGCUCAGGUUGAAAGCCAUACUACUCCAGUCCAUCAUUUACACAGCCAAUCAGUGUGUGUUGUCCACCAUGAUUGACAGUCGACUUCUUCUCGGCAGCUCUGUUCACCAAACGCCAAGGCGGAGCGCUUUAUUGAACAUUUGAAAACUUCUGCAAAAGAGAUAAUUAAAACAAUAUAGUAAUAAGAAAAGCCAAUGUAUGUGUUACUAUGAAAUCCAGAAAAGGGAGGGGUAACUGGAAGUUCUUGAAGGGAACAGCUCCCCACCUCCCCUUGCUCCGGCGCCCUCAUCUUUGGUGCUAUUCUUUGAUCAAAUGGGAAAGUCUUCGAGCGCUGAAACAAAAAUUUGCGACAAAAAAAAAGAAUUUCAUUCCCCUUGACAGCUCUGUACCCAUAUUUAAAAAAAAAGUCCGGAUGCCCAUAAUUCUCGCCACCCCAGCCCACCUCCCUUAAAAAUAAACGGGCACAGUCACCGGGAAUGGUUUAAGCCGUGACUUUUUUGACAAGUUAUGUUUUUUUUCAGGAUUCUCCUAACCCCCAGCGAAUUUUGCAUUCCUUACCCAACAGCAGUAGAAGUACAAAACACUGAUCAGGAUUUUCCUCCUCAUGGGUGGUUGUGCCUAAAUCCUACCGCUCAGAAGGACAACCGAGAAGUACUAGGAGCGAGUUUCCGAGUCGAGCAGUUUCCGGAAAUUGUCGGGGGAAAAAUUAACGCCCGGGCGGAGUGUGGGGGUAUUCAGCGGACACACUUUUAUAUAAAAAUACGUUGUGUAAGUGAUCCC